CUCUCCCGACGCAGAGACUCAGAAAAUCUGCGAAACAGCGGACGAUCACUCCGAGUCCUCGUCUUCCCCUCCCAGCACCAUGUCGGCAAUGAACCUCAGCCGCGAGCAGCAGAACGAACUGCUCUUCGUGGGAUUCAACCAGGACAGCGGUUGCUUCGCCUGUGGCACUGACUCGGGCUUCAAGAUCUUCAACUGCGACCCAUUUAAGGAAACGUUCCACCGAGACUUCUCUAAUGGCGGUAUUGGCAUCGUGGAGAUGCUCUUUCGCUGCAACAUCCUGGCCAUUGUGGGAGGCGGACGCAACCCGAGAUACCCUCCUAACAAGGUUAUGAUCUGGGACGACCAUCAGAGCCGCAACAUCGGAGAGCUCAGCUUCCGCAGCGAGGUGAAGGCCGUCAAGCUGCGUCGCGACCGCGUGGUGGUGGUGCUACAGAACAAAAUCUAUGUCUACAACUUCUCGGACCUGAAGCUCGUGGAUCACAUCGAAACCAUUGCAAACCCCAAAGGUCUGUGCGCACUGUGCCCGAAUCCAUCCAACACGGUCUUGGCUUGUCCUGGAGUGACUCGCGGUACCGUCCGCAUUGAGCUGUACGACCUGCGGAAAACUACGCUCAUCACUGCUCACGAAGCCGAGCUGUCACAGAUUUGCCUGAACCUCGAUGGCACACGGCUAGCAACGGCAUCGGACAAGGGAACACUCAUCCGUAUCUUUGAUACUCAGAGUGGGCAGAUCACGCAGGAGUUGCGUCGUGGAGCAGAUCGUGCGGAGAUCUACAGCAUUUGCUUUAGCCCAACUGCUCCUUUGCUCGCUUGCUCGAGUGACAAGGGUACAGUGCACGUUUUCUCGCUGACAGCCGAGGGUUCAGGCCACAGUUUCUCGUCCGACCCGACCACGAUGGGAAAUGUUCCGUCCCAGAGUAUGCCGUCCCACUUUGCAGCUGGAAGCGCCCCUCGUAGUGGAGAGGAAGACGGCACGGAGAACUCCAAAUCCAGCUUAUCAUUCAUGCGAGGACUGCUCCCGAAAUAUUUCAGCUCGGAGUGGAGUUUCGCACAGUUCCGUGUACCAGAGACUCGAACGAUCUGUGCGUUCGGCACAGAGAAGAAUACCAUCGUUGUUGUGGGAGCGGAUGGGUCAUUUUACAAAGCUGUCUUCGAUGCCAACGGAGAAUGCCAGAACACGUCUUACUCCAAGUUCAUUCAGUCCGACGAGGAUGAAUAGACUACUCGCCUAUCCUGAGGUUACUAUGCUCUCCAAACGUUGUGGUUCUUGCGCAAAGGAGCUGCAUGGGGCUACGCGAUCAACAGCGUACACGUUGUUGACUAUGCCUGUAUCAUCUUUUAUUGCAAUUGCUUCCGUUGCCAGUUUGAUUUCACUUUUAUAGGUUAUCAAAUUUCAGUUCGGGUUUCAAAUUCUUAAGGAAGGUUUUGUGUUGUA